AUGUCCGAGGACGACGUCGACAUGCUCGGCCCGGACGGCCAGGGCUCGACCCGCGUCGACCGCGACCGCCGCGCCCCGCGCUUCAGCUGGACGCCCGCCUACGAGGCCACCUUCUUCCGCAGCCUCUGCGACAGCGUCCAGCUGGGCCUGCGCGAGAACAGCAGCUUCAAGGCCGAGGCCUGGGAGCGCGCCGCCCAGGCCCUGCAGGAGAAGCACGGCGCCUACCCGGCUAAGAGCCACCUCAUCAACAAGAGCGACAACGCGAGGAAGCGCUUCCGCCUGUGGCGCGGCCUGCGCGAGGAUCCCGACUUUCUGUACAGCCCCAUCACGAGGACCGUGACGGCCAGCGAGGACGCAUGGAGGGCGCACAUCGAGAAAGAGCCGCUAUCGAGAGCCCUUCGUGGCCGGCCCUUUGACCACGAAGACUUCAUGGAGAUUCUCUACCCCGACGUGAUCGGAUCCGGCGGCGCGCCGAAGCGCAUCAUGAAGCCGCGUCGGCGGACCGACGGCCAGCCCGGAGACGAGCCCGACAUGCCCGGCACGGGGGUUAUCAACCUCCAGACGGACACGACGCCGGGCCAAGCGCCCGACAGCCCCGAGAGGCAGCGCGCCUCGCUCAGCCAGACGCCGACCGGCUCCGCGCCCUCGGCCGCCGCUCCGCAGGCACGACCGACCUCGGCGGCGAUACCGCCCCGGACCACGUCCUCGCAGGCUAGCGCGCUGACGCCGCCGGACGAGUCUGCGAAUCAGGCCAAGAAGCGCGCCCUGCCCAUGGGUACCGACGGUCCGUUCGAGCCGCCCAUGACAUCUUCGUCGAGCACGCCUGCCGGAGCUACGUCGCAGCCCGCGUCGUCGCCAGAAAAGAGACGGCGCAUGUCAUUGCACAGCGACACUCUCCUGCCCGCGACGUCGUCCACCUUGAGCGUCUCCGCGGUGCCGGGCAUUGCCCCCAGCUCCGCGAACACGACGCCGCUGUCCGGCCCGGACGGGCAUAUUCUGGGUUCCAAGCCCAGCCCGGACGGCAUCGAGCAAGUCAAGUCUGGUGCUCCCCCGCUGUGGCAGGAGCUGGCACUCGAUCUCUUCUUCAAAGAGUUUGCCGAGCAGGAUCUGGACCUGCAGGUCAAGAUUGCAGAGACGGUGCUCUGCGAUGAGCACAGGGCACUCGUCUUCUGCAAGAUGCCCUGGCGAGUGCGGCAACACUGGGUGAAGCGGCUCAGCGAGGCCCACCACAAGACCGUGUCGUACGCAGACGUAGCCGCCAGUGGCCCCAAGCAGUCUCCCUCCGAGGCCGCCGCCCCGGCACCCCCCGAGAUCAUCGCCAACGAGUCCGCCUCGACGUCGUCGCUCAUCGACGUCGACGCCCCCAGCGUGCACACCGUGCCGUCCGACUUCCUCGAGCAGGACGUGCAGACGGAGACGCAGGCCGCCCGCCGCGACCGCGAGGACGCUGCCGCCGAGGCCAAGGCCAAGGCCGAAAAGGCCCGCCGCGAUGCCGCCGCCAAGGCCCGCCGCGCCGACAACUGGCUCACGGCGCAGUUCUCCAAGCUGUCGGACGGCAGCGCCGGCGCCCUCGCCCUCGCAAACGUCGCCGCCGUCGUCGGCCUCAGCUCCUACCUCGGCUACCGCGCCUGGGGCCUCUACGAGAAGGGCCGCCUCGACUGGAAGACGGCCGGUGUCGGCGUCGGCAUCCUCGCCGCCGUGGGCGCCCUCGAGUCCGUCUUUGGCGGCUACCUGUACAAGGGCAAGAAGAAGGGCGGCUCCUCUUAG